AAGUCUCAAGUCUCAAUCCUUCACCUUCUUAUCUCCUUCUUCUCUCUCUGUGCUGGCUCUGCUAGCCGUCACUAGGUUCGAUCCCAUUCCCAUGUUAUCCCUUAUUCCAUUUUUGGUUUCUUAAAGGCUGUGAUUUCAUCUUCUCCUUCUCUGUCUACUACUCUCUAAUCAACUAUCUUGUUCUGUUUCUAUUUUUGUUUUGAUUUUUAUUUCUCUGGGAUUUUCAUUUCAGGAAUUUAGGAUUGCUUCGGUAUCGCUUACGGAUUUUGGGUUUGUAUUGUGACCUAAUUCGCAAUUUGGGUACUGGAACCUGUUUCUUAUCUAUAUUUACCAAUACAUUGCUGUACAUAGCCGACAGUUGUUGUUCACUUUACUCUUGAAUUGUUAAGUGUUCUUACUGAAUCGAGGUUGAGAGAAUAGGCCCUUUUGAUUUUGAGGCUUUUGGUGUUGAAACAAUCCUUUUUGUUGAGUUUCAUUGUGUGCUUAAUACCCUUGUAGCAGAAUUGAGAUAAAGAUCUUCUCUUUCUCUGUGAUCAUCUUUUCCUAUCUCUGGGGUCACCUUUUCCUGUACAGGAUGUUCUUAGAGCCUUGGAGAGUUAAGAGGUGAAAACUUGUUUAAGACCCAGGAUUCUGGUACACUUUCUCACUCAAUUUACUUAUUAACAAGUUGUCUUCUUUCGGAUAUUUGAGACAGUUGGGUUUUAGGCAGAAAAAAUCUCUAUACUGACCUCACUUUUACUAGCUGAGAAAUGGAUAUCAGUAAUGAGGUUAGUGUUGCUCCAUUCUCAAUUGGACCGUUUUCGAUCAUUGGCCGGACCAUUGCUUUUAAAAUCUUGCUCUUUAAGACGCUGUCACAGUUCAGGAAGGAGAUCUCUGUUGUCAUAAAGAAUUACCUUCGGCAAUUUAGGGACUACGUGAUGCCACUAAUCUCCUGGUUACACCCCAAAAAUCCUCAAGGGAUAUUGGCAAUGGUGACACUAGUAGCUUUUUUGCUCAAAAGAUACACAAAUGUUAAACAGAAGGCUGAAUUGGCUUACCGAAGGAAAUUCUGGAGGAAUAUGAUGAGAACUGCUCUUACAUAUGAGGAAUGGGCUCAUGCAGCUAAGAUGCAUGAUAAGGAGACACCAAAAAUGAAUGAAUCAGAUCUCUAUGACGAGGAAUUGGUCAGGAAUAAGCUCCAGGAGCUACAGCACCGUCGCCAGGAGGGUUCUCUCAGAGAUAUAGUCUUUUGGAUGCGUGCUGAUCUGGUCAGAAAUCUAGGUAAUAUGUGCAAUCCAGAACUUCACAAGGGUCGCCUUCAGGUUCCCAGGCUCAUAAAGGAGUACAUUGAUGAGGUCUCCACUCAGCUGAGAAUGGUAUGCCACUCGGACUCUGAGGAGCUGCUAUUGGAAGAGAAGCUUGCAUUUAUGCAUGAGACAAGACAUGCCUUUGGGAGGACAGCAUUGCUCUUGAGUGGUGGUGCAUCCCUUGGAGCUUUUCAUGUUGGUGUGGUGAAGACUCUUGUUGAGCAUAAACUUUUACCCCGGAUAAUUGCAGGUUCUAGUGUGGGAGCCAUUAUGUGUUCAAUUGUUGCCACUAGGUCCUGGCCUGAGCUUCAAAGUUUCUUUGAAGAUUCAUGGCACUCACUAAAGUUUUUUGAUCAGAUGGGUGGGAUUUUAACUGUUUUCAAGAGAGUUAUGACACAAGGUGUACUUCACGAUAUAAGGCAGUUGCAGAUGUUAUUGAGACACCUCACUAGUAAUCUCACAUUCCAAGAAGCAUAUGACAUGACUGGUCGGAUUCUUGGGAUCACAGUUUGCUCCCCAAGGAAGCAUGAGCCUCCGAGAUGUCUAAACUACUUGACAUCACCUCAUGUUCUUAUAUGGAGUGCAGUGACUGCUUCUUGUGCCUUUCCUGGCCUGUUUGAGGCUCAGGAACUGAUGGCAAAGGAUAGAAGUGGUGCACUUGUUCCUUAUCAUCCACCAUUUUAUUUGGGUCCCGAAGAAGGUCAAGGUGCACCAGUACGCAGAUGGAGGGAUGGUAGCUUGGAGAGCGAUUUACCAAUGAUGCAGCUGAAGGAGCUGUUCAAUGUCAAUCACUUUAUUGUAAGUCAGGCAAAUCCUCAUAUCGCACCCUUAUUGAGGCUGAAGGAGCAUGUAAGAGCUUAUGGGGGCAACUUUGCUGCCAAGCUUGCUCAUCUAACUGAAAUGGAAGUGAAGCACAGAUGCAACCAGAUACUGGAACUCGGUUUUCCAUUGGGAGGACUAGCAAAGUUGUUUGCUCAGGAUUGGGAGGGUGAUGUGACUGUAGUUAUGCCUGCUACUCUUGCUCAGUACUCGAAAAUUAUACAGAACCCAACUCAUGCAGAGCUUCAAAAGGCUGCCAACCAGGGCAGGAGGUGCACCUGGGAAAAGCUAUCAGCCAUAAAAUCCAACUGUGGCAUUGAGCUUGCACUAGAUGAGUGUGUUGCAGUUCUCAAUCACAUGCGUAGGCUCAAAAGAAGUGCCGACAGGGCAGCUGCUUCACAUGGAUUAGGCAGCACAAUUAGGUUCAAUGCUUCCAGGAGGAUCCCCUCAUGGAACUGCAUUGCAAGAGAAAACUCAACAGGGUCCCUUGAAGAAGAAAUUGUUUCAGAUGUUGGUGGACAGUCGAGAGUGUAUUCGGGCCGGAACUUCCAUCUCCACCAUAACAUGCAUGAGGGAAGUGAUAGUGAGUCAGAGAAUAUGGAUCUAAAUUCUUGGACAAGAUCUGGGGGGCCAUUGAUGAGGACUACAUCAGCGAAUAAGUUCACUGAAUUUGUAAAAAAAUUCGACAUUGAUGCUGAACUGAACAUGUCCUGGACAAGAGAAGAUGAAUUUAAAGGGAUCAUCGUUCAACCCAAUACUAGUGGGAUUCAUAUGGCAAGAAAGGAUUCCUAUAAUCAUACCUCUGGCUUAGCUGAAGUAGACAGAAGCUCAGACAACAUGGAGUUUGAUCAACAGGAUGUCAGUAAUAGAGUUCCAGCCACCACAUCCAGCAUCACUGUGAUCGAAGGGGACCUUUUACAACCUGAGAGGAUCCACAACGGAAUUGUAUUGAAUGUUGUGAAGAAGGAAGAUCUGAGUUCCCAUAGUUUUCACAACUCUGAUAGUAACCACUGUUCAUCUCAGAGUCCAGUUCCAGAAUGUGUGCAACUUGAGAAUCUAGGCAAAGAAAUGGAUGCCAGUUCAGCAUCUGAGUGUGAUGAGGAUGAUGCAACUCUCCCAAACUACUUCAGUGAAAUGGAUUCCCACCACAAUCUUGAGAAUCAUUCCGGUUCAUAUGAUGGUACUUGCGAAGUUAUGGCCUGUUGAGAUUGGAACCUCUCUAUUUUUUGUAAAUUCAGUGUUAAGAUAUGUACCCUGCGGUACAUUAGUUGUUAGUGGCUGUCACGAUAAGGAGGUUUGUCCUAUUGUAUUAUGAGUUCGUAUAGUUAGUAGUUAAGUCUUUGUUUGAGUCUUAUUUUAUUUCUUAUUGCAAUUGUACAUUGACUCUUAGUAGAAUUCCUACUAGGAGUCGAUUUACUGUCCUAUAAAUAAAACAGAGCAUCACCACAAUAGGCAAGCUAAAUCUAUCGUGGUUCAGCA